AUCCACGUCUACAAGCACUUCAUUCUCACUCUCACUACUAUAUCAUCACCAUGUUAGAAGGCAAGGCAGUGAUUGGUGAGACCGACAUGCUUAAAACCAUGCAGCAAGAUGCACUUGAUUUAGCAUCAAAGGCACUUGAUUCCUUUGAUGUCACUGACGCCAUUGAGAUUGCUCGCUUUAUCAAGAAGGAAUUUGACAAGAGUCAUGGAACUGGAUGGCAAUGCAUUGUAGGAACAGAUUUUGGUUCAUAUGUGACACAUUGUUAUGGAUGUUUCAUCUAUUUUGGAAUUGGAAAUUUGGCCAUUUUGCUCUUUAGGGGCUCUGCUGGUCCUGAGGCACAGGAAAAUCACUUCUCAGCAAUAGAGGCAGCAAAACCAUAACAACUUUCUUUUAUUACUUCUAUUUUUAAUUUUCAUAUUGUUUCUUGGUCAUUACUUUUAUAAAUUUCUUUGUUAAUGUGCUGUUGAAGAUUCGGAGAUGAAAAUUUUUGUAGUAGUUUACUAAAAUCAUCACUUAGCCAAAUUUAGAUAUAUUAUUUGUAUUGCAAGAGAUCUAGACUUGUGUAUGUUAAGAAGUAAGAAUGAUUUUUAAAUCA